UUUUUGACAUAAGUACCUACGAUACGAUUGACCUGCGAAGAACGAAGCUUAUGCACGCUGUAUUGUAUUUUUUUUUUCUAAUUUUACACAUAUGUGAUUUAUUAAGUGAGAAGUCGACUUGUGAAACGAAAAUAUUAAAUACCGGUUAAAACAGUCCUACGGCUUGCAAGAUAGAUUUUGGACUAAUAAAGAUAACUUCAUUAUAACCUAACAAAUUAGAACAUUUUAUGGUUGACUUGAACUUUAGCAUUAUAGCUUUCUAAAUCUUACUUACUUUAAAAUGAUGUCUUUGAAUCCCAUAGUGAAACUCUUAAGACGGAAGGAGUUAACGAAAGUGUUAUAUCAAAAUGUGUAUCAGUAUACAAGAGAUACAUCCCUGAUUAAUUCAUUUAAAAAUGUUGGGUUACAUUUUUCUGGAUCUAGUACAAUACCCAGACAUAUAAGAACAGUUUGUAGUCAGAGAUUCUAUUCUGUAAAACCAGCAGCACAAAAGGAAGAUGAUAGCUAUCGCAAUGAACACAAUGUCACUGUUAUUGGGGAUGAGAUACCAAGUCCAUACACUGAAAUUGAUAGUAGCGGAUUUCCAGAUUAUAUAAAAAACUACUUAAAAAAACAGCAAAUUAUCAAGCCUACAGUGAUACAAGCACAGGGAUGGCCUAUUGCUUUAAGCGGACAGAAUUUUGUUGGUGUUGCUCAAACAGGUACUGGAAAAACACUUGCUUUCCUGUUACCAGCUGCAGUUCAUAUCAAAGAGACGCAAGGAAGGAAGGGUAGAGGCCCGAGAGUGCUAGUCCUUGCACCAACCAGAGAGCUGGCUAGACAAAUUGAAGUUGUAGCUAAGGAUUUAGAAAAAUUGUUGAACAUACGCUGUGUCUGUAUAUAUGGUGGAGUCAGCAGGAAUAGCCAGAUGGCUGAUUUACAGCCUGGAGUUGAUAUACUUAUUGCCACACCAGGAAGGUUAAAUGAUUUUAUUGUCAGUAAAACCGUGUCAUUAAGUAGAUGUACUUAUGUAGUCUUGGAUGAAGCAGACAGGAUGCUAGAUAUGGGAUUUGAACCACAAAUCAGACAGGCAUUAGAAGGGGUGCCUCUUGAAAGACAGAUUUUGAUGUUCUCUGCAACAUGGCCUAAAGAAGUACAACAUUUGGCCAAAGAUUACUUAGGAGAUUUUGUACAAGUCAAUGUUGGAUCCACGGAGUUGUCAGCAAAUCGUAACAUUGAACAACUGUUCCACUUCUGUGAUGAUUACAAUAAACUAGAGAAGUUUAAAUCCAUCAUGCACAAUAUAUCAGGUGAAGGUUUUGGAAAAAUUCUAGUUUUUGCAAAUACAAAGAAGUUUGUGGAUAAACUUACAUUAAUGCUUAGAAGAAAUGGAUGGCCAGCUGUUGGUAUACAUGGUGAUAAGACUCAAGCACAGAGAGACACAAUAAUCCAGAAAUUUAGAAGUGGCUCCACAAAUAUUCUGGUAGCCACAGAUGUUGCUGCUAGAGGAUUAGAUGUCGAUGGUGUCACACACGUGAUAAACUAUGAUUUCCCUAAUACCUCCGAGGACUACAUCCAUAGAAUUGGACGAACUGGUCGACAAGAUAACAAAGGAGUCUCACAUACAUUAUUGACUAGCGAAGACGAACGACAGGCAAAGAAUAUAAUUGCCGUAUUGAAAGAAGCUAAUCAGGAGGUUCCCCAAGAUUUAGAGGACAUGGCCCGGAGAUACAAUAGUGUGAAAGCAUAUGAACAGCAGGAAAAAUAUAAGCAAAGACAAAAUAGUUGGAACUCAAACAAGAGAUGGAACAAAUUCCGCGCUCCGAGACAAAAUACAAAGUUUAGAUAUUAAAUAUUGUAAUACAAACGUAGAUAAUACUACCCAAACUUUAUUUUGAAUAUACUUCAUGUUGUAGAUUCA